GUGUGUGUUGGAGGUUGCAGUGGUUACAGUCUGUCUCAUGUAUCAGUGUACAACGGAGCCUUGAGGCAGCUGCUCUCUGGAAUGGCCUCUGCUGGGAACCUUUCUGAAGAGCAGGUGCACUGCUCCAUCUGUCUGGACGUCUUCACUAACCCUGUGUCCAUCCCCUGCGGACACAACUUCUGCCAGGGCUGCAUCCUGGGAUACUGGAAAACCAGCCCUUUGUACCAGUGCCCGAUGUGUAAGAAGUCCUUCACCAAAAGGCCCGAUAUUAGCAUCAACACGGUCCUGAGGGAAAUCGCAGAGCAGUUCAAGGAGAUCAGGGUUAGAAGUGUGGAGGAAAAGGCGAGCAAAGAAGACGAGAGAGAAAAGAAGUGGAUGAUGGAAAGAGGGAAAAGGGAGGAUGAGGAGAGGCUUCUGGAGAAAGGUCAGAAGCAGCAGCUUCUGGAGGAGCUGAAGCAGAAGCAAGAGGAGGAGAGGAGAAAGAAAGAGAAGCCAGGAGAGAAAAGGCCUCUACUAGAGGAGCUACCGCCGCUGAUCCCCCCUGUGUCGGCACCCAGAACCUCUCCUCCACCGUCACCCCAGGCCACAACUCCGGGGCCACCACCACCUCCUCUGCCCCAAACAUCACCCCCACCUUCCCCUCAAAUCACUGCUUCUCCCUCUCCUCAGACCACCCCUCCACCUCCUUCCUCUUCCCUCGCGAUUCCGUCCUCUUCCUUCCCUGCUUGGCAGGAAGUCCUCUGUGAUGUCUGCCUGGGGGACGGCAGGCCAAAAGCGAUCAAAUCCUGCCUCGUGUGCCUCACUUCCUACUGCGAUGAGCACCUGACGUCUCAUUCCGCCAGGUUCACCAAGCACAAGCUGAUAGAACCCGUUGCCAACAUGGAGGACCGGAUGUGUCCAAAGCACGAGAGGCUCCUGGAGCUGUUCUGUAAGAGGGAUCAGACCUGUGUGUGCGUGCUCUGCACGGAGACGGACCACAGGGCGCACUACACCGUCCCUGUGGAGAGAGAAUGGACAGAGAAAAAGGCACAGCUGAAAAAGACAGAAAUAGACGUUCAGCAGAUGAUCCAGGACAGAGUGACGAAGAUGGAGGAGAUCAAACGCUCUGUGGAACAAAACAAAGCCAGUGCUCAGAGGGAGGUGGAGGAAAGCAUGCAGGUCGUCUCGGAGCUGGUGCGCUCCAUCCAGAAGAGUCAGGCCGAGCUGGUUUCGGUCAUAGAGGAGAAGCAGAGGCAGACGGAGAGCUGGGCCCAAGGCCUCAUCACUGCACUGGAGCAGGAAAUCGCUGCGCUGAAGAGGAGAAAUACAGACUUGGAGAACGUGGCUCGGACUGACCACAUUCACUUCUUAAAGAGCUUCCCAGCCCUUAGUACUCCUCCCUGUGUCAAAGACUGGUCCGAGACCAGUGUUCCCACUGACAUGUGUGUAGGCAUGAUCAGGAGAUCUGUGUCCAAACUGAAGGCAUCGUUGAAUGAAAUUAUCGGCAGACUGGCUGAAAGUGAGAUCAAGAAGAUUAUGAAAUACACAGUGGACGUCACUCUGGACCCUGACUCAGCCAACCCGUGGUUGCAGCUUUCCCAGGACAGACAUCAGGUGAGACACCUGGGUGCAUGGCAGGACCUCCCAGACAACCCCGAUCGCUUCGACACAGUGGUCAUCGUCCUGGGUCGCAAUGGCUUCACCUCGGGGAGACACUACUGGGAGGUCCAGGUGGGGGACAAGGACGACUGGUACAUGGGUGUGGCCAGGUCUUCUGUCAACAGAAAGGGCAGGAUCUCUGUCAGCACGACCCAGGGCUACUGGGCUCUGGCCAUGAAGAAAGGCCAGGGGUACCGGGUGUCAACAUCCCCGCCCAUAGUGCUCCCUCUCGACCCCAAGCCCAAGCGAGUGGGUGUGUACGUGGACUACGAAGAGGGGCAAGUGUCCUUUUAUGAUGUAAAGGCUCGGACCCAUAUUUACACGUUUAAAGAUACAUUCAUGGAGAAGAUUUUGCCUUUUUUCUACCUGUACUGUUGCGACAAAGCCUCUGAUACCAUCUCAAUUUGUGCUGUAGAUGAGAAAAGUCUGAUCAAGCAAAACUAAGGACAAGUAUGAAAAUAAAAACAAUCCUUAUUAAUAUGAAAACUGCAUUUUAUGGUAGCCAAACUUCUUUUCAUGGGAUCCCUUAUUUGUUUUUUUUUUGUAUAUUUAUUACAUGUAUAGUGGAGCUCAACAAAUAUAUUAGUGUACACCUUGAAUAUUCAUAUCAGCUGAUGGAAGAUCCACAAAGCCUUAAAGGGAUAGUUUGGGAAACAUGCAUAUUUGCUUUCUUGCAGAGUGUUAGAUAAGUUUGAUUUCUGAUGUCUGUAAUAAAUAUAAAGCUAGAUCUAGAAAGCGCUUAGCCUAGCAUUAAAAUAAACAAAAACAUCUACCUAUCAGCACCUCGGAACUAACUAAUAAAAGUUUGACAUUUUGGGAAAAUAAGCUUUUAGGCUUUUUUUUUACAUAGACAUUAUGCUUAUUUAAUUUCUUGCCAAGGGUUAGAUAAGAAGAUUUGAACCUCUGUUAUGUCUGUAUGGUAAAUAUAGCCUACAGCUAAAGCCAACCGCCGUUAGCUUAGCUUAGCAAAUUGACUGGAAACAGAGGCUAACCUCUUUCCUCUGUCCAAAAACAACAACAUUCACCUAACAGCACCAUUAAAGCUCACAAAUUAACACUUUAUAUCCCAUUGAUUUAAUAGGGGGAGGUUGAUGUCAUGAUUGCAUGUUUAAGUGUGAUUGAUAUUGCGAAGGUUGUGUGCUGAAUAGUAUGAAGUGUGAUCAUGAUUUACAACAAUAAAUAUUCUUAAUUGUCA